UUGGUUGCAGGCUCUCGGCACCGCGGCCCGGGUCUGCUCGCAGCCCCGCCCGCCCCUCGAGCCUCGGUUUCCCCCCACCGCGGCGGCGCAGGGGCGCGGAGGGCGGGGCGGGGCCGCCGCGGGCGGAGCCGCCUGCAGGGGGCGCCCGUGAGCGGCGGCCGGAGCCAGAGCCCGAGUGGCGGAGACAGCGGGAGCCCGCGCCGGCCGCAGCUCAGGGAGAAGAUUCUGGACACACACGACGGAGGAGCCACCUGGGCUCUCAGCUGGGAGCUUGGCCUUUUCUCUACUGCCACCCCUGUGCCCUGGCGGUGGGCUCUCCCUCCCCAGCCAUCGGGCAGCCAAAGGGAGCAGCUCUCUCCAGGUGGCUGCAGCCCCGGCCCACCCAGCUGAGGUUGCUGGAGCUAGGAGUCAUGGCCUUCAUUCCUGUGCACUAGGAAGGUGUCUCUGGACUCUGAAGCUGAGAGGAUCCAAGAUAAUGUCCCCAGGGGCAUCCCCAGAGUGUGCCUGGUCCCCAGACGCUCAGAGCCAGCUGUGAGGAUGCCCACAGGGUGCUCCCCUCAUACUCCAGGGCUCUCUCGGCUCCUGUGAGGCAGGGACUCACAGGGUCUGGGCAGGGCCAGCCGCACUGCAGCUAUGGACCGUGAGCUGGCCUGGCCCGCGUCCUCGCCGACCCUGCCCAACUGCGCCCACACCCACCAUGAGCCUCUCGGUGUACAUCACGGUGGAGCUGGCCAUCGCUGUGCUGGCCAUCCUGGGCAAUGUGUUGGUGUGCUGGGCUGUGUGGAUCAACAGCAACCUGCAGAACGUCACCAACUACUUCGUGGCAUCCCUGGCAGCGGCUGACAUCGCAGUGGGGGUCCUGGCCAUCCCCUUCGCCAUCACCAUCAGCACAGGGUUCUGCGCGGCCUGCCAUGGCUGCCUCUUCAUCGCCUGCUUCGUCCUGGUCCUCACGCAGAGCUCCAUCUUCAGCCUCCUGGCCAUCGCCAUCGACCGCUACAUUGCCAUCCGCAUCCCGCUGCGGUACAAUGGUCUGGUGACGGGCCAGAGGGCCAAGGGUAUCAUUGCAGUCUGCUGGGUGCUGUCCUUCAUCAUUGGCCUGACGCCCAUGCUGGGCUGGAACAACUGCAGUCUGCUUAACGAUGCCGUCAACAAGUCCAAGCCUUGUGACACGGGCCAAGUGGCCUGCCUCUUUGAGUUGGUGGUCCCCAUGAACUAUAUGGUCUACUACAACUUCUUUGCUUGUGUCCUGGUGCCCCUGCUGCUCAUGCUGGCCAUCUACCUGAGGAUCUUCCUGGCUGCCCGACGGCAGCUGAAACAGAUGGAGAGCCAGCCACUGCCAGGCGAGAGGGCUCGGUCCACGCUGCAGAAGGAGGUCCAUGCCGCCAAGUCUCUGGCCAUCAUCGUGGGGCUGUUCGCCCUCUGCUGGCUGCCCCUGCACAUCAUCAACUGCUUCACCCUCUUCUGCCCCAUGUGCGACCACGCCCCACCCUGGCUCAUGUACCUGGCCAUCGUCCUCUCCCACACCAAUUCUGUGGUCAACCCCUUCAUCUACGCCUACCGCAUCCGGGAAUUCCGCCAGACCUUCCGCAAGAUCAUCCGGAGUCACGUCCUGAGGCAACAGGAACCCCUCAAGGCGGGUGGUCUCAGCGCUCGGGCUUUGGCUGCUCAGGGUGGCUGCAGCAGCAGUGAUGGCGACCAUAUCAGCCUCCGUCUCAAUGGCCACCCUCCGGGGAUGUGGACCAAUGGCAGCGCCCCCCACCCUGAGCGCCGGCCCAAUGGCUACACCCUGGGGUUGGUGAGUGGAGGGAGUGCCAGUGAGCCCCACGGGGACAUGGGUCCACCAGAUGUGCAGCCCCUUUGCCACGAGCCCAAGGGACUGUGCCCAGACUCUCCUGGCCUGGAAGGCCCCCUGGGCCGGGAUGGGGCCGGGGUGUCCUGAUGACCUGCUGAGGCUGCACCUUUCCUGAGGGGAGGGGUCCUCUCUCUUUCCAGUUGACAGAAGCAGUCUUGUUGGAAGAAGAGCAAGUCUACCAGGAGAGACCUUUCUGGGAGCCCGCUUCUCACUUGAGACUGAGAGGAGGAAGCCCCGGCUGGUGCAGCAUGAGGCCCAGCAAGAAGGGUUUCGGGGGUGCUGAGAAAGUGGACGUUUCACACUGGGAAAUGCUGUGUCAGCACUGACCCCAGCUCUGGCAGCUCUGGUAGCGUCCCGGCUGGUGCAGCAUGAGGCCCAGCUAGAAGGGUUUCAGGGGGGCUGAGAAAGUGGACAUUUCACACUGGGAAAUGCUUAGCCAGCACCUCCCCCCAUCCCGAAGCUUCUAGAAGUGUCACCUUGAUCCACAGAGGGAUCUGUGACUGAGCAGGCUGGCCUGUCCCUGAGGCUGAGGGGUGGCUCCCAUAGCCUCCUGCCAAACACCCAGCACCCUCCCCUGACUUCUUGAGGCACUAGCACUGCUGUGUCCAGAGGUGGAGUUGGACUUUUUGUUUUUUAUUUUUUUUUCCCCAACAAAAAAUGUGAGUGUGAAGAAAUCCUUUUCGUUAUAUUACCUUCUCUCCCUGGCUGCUGGGUCUGUUACCAGUCCUGCUGCUACCUGGCACCAGGCACUGAGCCGUGAGUUCUGGGCUGCCCUGCCCCAUGGCUGUGAGCUGACGCGUAGUGCUUACCCUGUCAGACCUGGGACCAUCUCUUGAAGCCACAAAACUGGGCUGGAGGAGAGGGGUUGGUAAUGGGGCAGUGCCCACACUGGGAGUGCUGGCUCGGGUCCUGGGUAGCUCAGAGCUGCCCAGGCAGACCCCUUGACUCACUGCCUUUCCUUCUGUGGGGACUGGUUUUUGUUUUCUGAGACAAAAUAAAAAUGAGCCACAUUGUGUUUUAA